AUCGUGAGGUCUCACAGUUUUUCUGGUUCCAUCUGUACAAGCUACUCGCGUUAUUUGUCUGCAGCGAUGACCAAGAAGAACUGUCCUGCUGGUAGCAAAUGGGACCACGUCGUCAACAACUGUAUCCUACAUUUGGUGGAUCCCAGACGUGAAUCUCCAACAGUGUUGGCCCCCUUUUUCCAUCAGAGGACCAUCUCUCCUGAUGCCCAGGCAGACGCGCCAAUCGGCCUGAGUCCAGUUCUGUGGAUUGUGGUGGGGUUGACCACCCUGGGGUCCAUCGUGGCUUUGGCUCUCUGGUUCGUCAUAUACAGAUGGCAGAGGAGACUCCGUAGAACCUCCGAAGUGGAGCCUGGACCAGAACCUCCCCAGAAAAUCAAGCCAUCUACCGAAGGUCACUUUUCUGCCACACAAAGAGGGAGAGGUAUUCCAGAUGAGAUGUUGCACAGAGCUUCAGCCUGUGGCCACCUUUCCCACCAGGGACCCCACGACACCUCAAAGUGGGAGGGGGGCUCGGCCAUUUGCGGGGCCCCCUGGGAAUGUCAGAAGGCAACAGGUGGAAGGGAAACAGACGGCGCUGAGGACCCUGGAGAUUUGUCAGUUUGCAACGCAAUGACAGAGCACAGACUUCCACUUCCCGCCACAGAACUGGGUGGCACCACGCUGGUUACAGCCAAAACUGUGUAGGUUGUACUCCGGCUUCGGACUUCUUCCUCUGCGGGAUUCGCAUGAACUGUCACGGUUUGAAGAAGGUCCUGAAGGUGAACUCUUCAGCUAUUAAGCGUAGCUCAAGGCGCAUUCUCCAGUUUGCUUUUCAAACAGUUGAUUCCCAACACAACAAAAUCUUUUAGGGGCUGUCAUGAUUGAGCCCUACCAACUCUGCCCGGCAACAAAUGAAGGCGCAAUCAAUAGACGUGCUUGCUUGACCCGGUAGAUGAAUUUAAUUUGGGUUGUGACAUUUCCGAAUGAAUCCCACUGAAUUUUUUUCCUCGUCUUUGAAAUUUGUAACAGCAAAUGGAGUAAAAUGAAGUUUUUGGUGCCUCAACAAUUUGACAUAAGAACGUCGUUGAUAAGAGGACGCCGCCACGUGUGGAAAGUGCACCGAGUACAUCAUUGUGUGCUUGAAGAUGAUGACGUCACAUCGAUUAUCCAACACUCACUCACUUUUGU